AUGCAGGCAGAAGAGACGCGUGCCGAGAGUUUAGAGCGGGGGACGGUUGCUCUUAAUAAAGCAGACGAGAACGGUGAUUUGGUGGCCCGGCAGACCAGUGCUGCCAAUGGAGAAGACAUACCGAACAGGCAGGAAGGAGGCGGGGAGGAAGGGGCAGGUAGCCGAUGCGAUGAAGGAACGAAUGGCCCCAGUAAAAAGAAGCGGAAGGCGCACCUGUGA